AGUGAAUGGGAUCUGAUCCCAACGGCGUGCAGCUCCGCUGCUAGAGAGAGAGAGAGGAGAGAGACCUCCCCCAUACACACCCACUCAGCCUCCCUGCUCUUCUUCUCUCUUUUAAAACUCUUUUUUUUUUUUCUUUUUUUUUUUUCUUCCCCCCCCCCAGGCGUAACCGAGGUUGCUCCCGCCGAUCGGGAACACGUACCGAAGCCAAACCGGGUGGGCAGCACGGCUCCAGGCAUCGGUUCCCAGUGGAGCGGCAGCUACCUCGGGCAGGGCUGUGUUGUGUGACUCUCCGAGCAGGGGAGGAGAUAGUGGCAAUUUUUAUUUAGGCUGAACACGAGGCAUAUUUAACUCGUUAUAUAAGAGUGACCCUGGUCCGUCUCGGCUGGGUGCAGGGAGGAUCUAUGCGUACUGAUUCCCGUCACACCGGCUGGUGGAUUCAAGCACUAGGAGCUAUUUACCAAAGUUAUUUUCAGAAACCUUAAGGGCAGGUUUCCCUGCCUGUACCCUGGACUAUUUUAUCAGGAGGCAUUUCCCGCUUGCAGACUGAACAGCCAGUGAGAGUGGAUUUAGUGCUCGCUGGGCUGCAGGCAGAGAUAAGGACUUGUCGGGAGUGACUGGAAACUUUUGUCCUGAAGACCCUGAGACAAGAAUAGCAGAAGGGCUGAGAGCGUGCGGCCACAUUGAACGAGUGUUGGGGCAGAGGUCUUGCCUCAGUGCACUGAGCAGCAUGUUACUCUUGGAUGAGUCUCAGCAGUUUCCAGACCAACCCCAGGAAGCCGUGUUCAGCGGUGACCAUGUUGAACAUGCGGAGGAUGGAGAAUGGCAGCGCUCUACUUCAACUACCUCAUCUCAGAGUGAGCGGGCAGAGCGACUCUUGCAGAACCAGCACAAGAGCCUGGCCUCUGAGGACACCAAAAAGAAGAGGGCUCAGAAACCGUCUCACAUGCGGAGGAACAUAAGAAAGCUGUUGCGUGAGGACCAACUGGAAGCUGUGACAAAAGCAGCCCAGCAGGAAGAGUUGGAGAGAAGGAAACGGUUAGAGCAGCAGCGGAAGGAUUAUCCAGCCACUAUCCCAACUGUACCCCUAGAGUUUCUUCCUGAGGACAUCGUUUUCAGAACAGCAGAGGCUACUCAGCUCCCCCCUCAGGUCCUGGCUGAGGAAGUGAUCUGCCUAGAUAGUACCAGCAGUGGCAGUGAAGAUGAUGCUAAAGGAAAAAAUAGUAUUAAAGAUGAAGUGAUUGAGCUAAGUUCAGGAGAGGAUGAUGCCCUCCAAAUUGUGGACAGCAGUGACUCUGGCAACGAAGGGGAAGAGGAUGGCAGUGAAGAGAGCAGUGGCUCUCAUGUGAAUGAUGCCUUAAAUCAGUCAGAUGCUCUGGGGCAAGUCAUUGUCAACAUCAAUCAUCCACCAAAUGAGGAGGACAUUUUCCUGGCUCCCCAGCUUGCACAUGCAGUAAAACCUCAUCAGAUUGGCGGGAUCCGAUUCCUGUAUGACAACUUGGUCGAGUCCUUGGAGAGAUUUAAAACCAGCAGUGGGUUUGGGUGUAUUUUAGCACAUAGCAUGGGCCUGGGCAAGACCAUACAGGUCAUCUCUUUCUUGGAUGUACUUUUUCGGCACACGGAGGCAAAGACUGUUCUUGCCAUUGUACCUGUGAAUACGCUCCAAAACUGGCUAGCAGAAUUCAACAUGUGGCUCCCAGCACCUGAAAACCUUCCUGCUGAUUAUAACUCCAAAGAGGUCCAGCCCCGCACCUUCAAAGUCCAUAUCCUGAAUGAUGAACACAAGACAACAGCUGCACGUGCAAAGGUGGUGAAUGACUGGGUGGUAGAAGGUGGUGUGCUGCUGAUGGGAUAUGAGAUGUACCGUCUCCUCUCACUGAAGAAGUCCUUUGCCACUGGCAGGAAGAAGAAAACAAAGAAACAAGCUGGCCCUGUCAUUAUUGACUUGGAUGAGGAAGACCGGCAGCAAGAGCUUCUGAAAGGGAUUGAGAAAGCUUUGUCUCGCCCUGGCCCAGAUGUGGUUAUUUGUGAUGAGGGACACCGGAUAAAGAACUGCCAUGCCAGCACUUCGCAGGCCCUGAAGAACAUCCGUUCCCGCCGGCGGGUGGUGCUGACCGGCUACCCGCUCCAGAACAACCUCAUUGAGUAUUGGUGCAUGGUAGACUUUGUCCGGCCUGACUUUCUAGGCUCACGGCAGGAAUUCAGCAACAUGUUUGAGCGCCCUAUCCUGAAUGGGCAGUGCAUUGACAGCACCCCUCAAGAUGUCCGUCUCAUGAGGUAUCGCAGUCAUGUCCUGCAUAGCCUGCUGGAAGGCUUUGUGCAGCGGCGAGGCCACAAUGUGCUGAAGGUUCAACUCCCAUCUAAGGAAGAACACGUCAUUUUGGUACGUCUUUCAAAGAUCCAGCGGGCCCUUUAUACGGAGUUCAUGAACCGGUUCCGAGAUGCAGGCAACAGUGGCUGGCUGGGAUUGAACCCACUCAAAGCUUUCUGUGUCUGUUGCAAGAUCUGGAACCAUCCAGAUGUGUUGUAUGAAGCCCUGCAAAAGGAGAAUCUGGCAAACGAGCAGGAUCUGGAUGUGGAUGACCUUGGCACAGCAAGCACUAAUUCCCGCUGCCAGCCUCAGGGAAUUAAAGUCAAAACAGAGAGUAAUGCUAUGGCAUCACCAGUCGGAGAAGCUACCAAUAGCAAGUUCCUCCAGAGUGUUGGCUUCAACCCCUUUCAGGAGAGAGCAAAUCAGGUCGUUACGUAUGAGUGGGCCAAAGACAUCUUGUGUGAUUAUCAGACUGGAGUCUUGGAGAACUCACCCAAGAUGGUGUUACUGUUCCACCUAAUUGAGGAAAGCGUGAAGCUUGGAGACAAGAUCUUGGUCUUCAGCCAGAGCUUGUCCACGUUAUCUGUCAUUGAAGAGUUUUUGGCAAAGAGACCAAUGCCGAGUCCUCCAGGCUCAGAUGGAGGAGUUCACAACUGGGUCCGAAACAUCAACUAUUACAGACUGGAUGGCAGCACCUCUGCCUCGGAAAGGGAACGACUGAUUAACCAGUUCAAUGACCCCAGCAACGCCUCUGUUUGGCUGUUCCUCUUGUCCACACGUGCUGGGUGUUUGGGUGUCAACCUCAUUGGAGCAAACAGAGUGGUGGUGUUUGAUGCUUCUUGGAACCCGUGCCAUGAUGCCCAGGCCGUGUGCCGAGUCUAUCGCUACGGGCAGAAGAAGCCGUGCCACAUUUACAGACUGGUUUCCGAUUACACCCUUGAGAAGAAGAUCUAUGACCGUCAGAUCUCCAAGCAGGGCAUGUCAGAUCGGGUGGUGGAUGAUCUGAACCCAGUGCUGAACUUCACCCGAAGGGAGGUGGAGAACCUGCUGCAUUUUGUGGAAGAGGAAUCCGACCCAGCUCAACUCUCCCUCAAUCCAAGCAAGAUGAAGGAGUCUGUUCUACAAUUAGCCUGUCUCAAGUAUCCUCACCUCAUCACCAAGGAGCCUUUUCAGCAUGAGUCACUGCUGAUCGACCGGAAGGAGCACAAGCUGACCAAGGCAGAGAAGAAAGCAGCGAAGAAGAGCUAUGAGGAGGAAAAGCGAGCAUCCGUCCCUUACACCCGGCCGUCCUACGCACAGUAUUACCCAGCCAGUGACCAGAGCCUGACAAGCAUCCCUGCCUUUAGCCAGAGAAACUGGCGACCAGCCCUCAAGGGGGAGGACAAGCCAGUGGCAAGCGUCCGCCCAGUUCAAUCCACCCCCAUUCCUAUGAUGCCCCGGCAUGUCCCCAUGGGUAGUGCAGGAUCAACCUCAAGUUCCAACCCUGCUGUCAACUUCCCCAUCAACUAUCUACAGCGAGCCGGUGUCUUUGUGCAGAAGAUUGUCACCACCACAGAUAUUGUGAUUCCGGGUACAAACACAUCCACUGAUGUACAGGCAAGAAUCAGUGCUGGCGAGAGCAUCCACAUCAUCCGAGGGACAAAAGGGACCUAUAUCCGGACCAGCGACGGGCGGAUUUUUGCUAUCCGGACCACUGGGAAGCCGAAGGGCAAUGAAGACCGUCGGACAGCUGCCUCAGGCUCCCAGAGCUCUUCGCUGGAGUCCACAAGCAAUGGCAGACACAGUGCCUCAUCACCACAGCUCCCCAGUGCGGAGGAGCUCACUCGGCCCAUAUCCCCUGACAGCCCCGAGAUCAUCAGUGAGCUGCAGCAGUAUGCGGAGGCAGCGGCUGCCCGGGAGUCCCGGCACAGCUCUCCCAGCACCAACGCAGCACAAGGCCACCCUGCUCGCAUGGACAACGCGCCCGGCUUAGCAGCCCGAGGAGCCGAGCAGCGCAUGGGGAUUCACUGCAUGGCUCCCUCCGUGUCUUCAGCCCUGCCGGCCACCAGCCAGCACGUUGAUGCCCACGCGGUGUUGGACUUACGGGGCAACAAGCGCAAGUCGACCUCACCGUCGGCUCCAGAGGAGCAAGCCCGCAGGCAGCAGAAGAAGCGCCAGUUGCCAUCGUCCGUGCAGCCGUAUGAACACGGGUACCCCGUCUCUGGUGGGUUCGCCAUGCCUCCUGUCUCUUUAAACCACAACCUAACCCAUCCAUUUGCCUCCCAACCAGGAAACUCCUUGUACAUGGGCACUGGCUCCUCUUACUACCAGCUGCCCAAUUUACUCCCAGACCCUCAUCUGGUGUUCCCUGUGACUACUGACCCUCUGCUGACAGCCGGCACCGCCAGCUCUUCUGCUGCUACCUCAGCCACCGCCAGCGUCCCCUCAUUCAUGCUAAACCCUUCUCUGACGGGGGUGCUGCCCAAUUACUCGCUUCCCUUCACACAGUCACUCCUGCCCGAGCCCAGGAUGUUUGCUCCUUUCCCAGCCCCCGUCCUGCCUAGCAGCCUUCCCAGGAGCAUGGCAUCUGCCUACCCUGGCUACAUAUCCCCUCACUCGGGCUACCCGGCCGGGGGCCUCCUUCGGUCCCAGGUGCCUCAGUUUGAACCCCAGGAGGUCCCAGAGGUGGGAUGCAGCUCUAAUGACGAGGACAAAGACGACGAUGUUAUAGAGAUCACAGGGAAAUAACGGGCCCAGCUCCUGCUCGGUCUCAGCUCCGCCAGGAGGGAAAAGUUGCAGGACCUUUUUGGGAGUCAGGAUUUCCCCUCUGGGCCACAGCAGCGGGUGGAGAAGGAUGCGAAGGGUGUGGCGUGGGGGUUGUUUUGUUCUUUUCGUUUUCUUCUGUUGUUUUUUUAGCUGUCAAGGAUCUGAAUUGUAUUAGGGGCUGGGAGAUGGGAGGGGGAUAGAGUGGACCUGCGAGGGCCGGGGGAGCAAGAGCCAGGGGAGGAGGGAAGCAGCGAUGCAAACCAUAGGAGUGCCUCCCUCCCACGCUCUGUCUGUCUGUCUGUCUCUGUUCUCUGUCUUGUCUGGAAGGGGGAGGCUUGGUGCUGCGAGUCGCUGCCCUUCUCAGGCCUGGAGGCGCGGGCUUGACCACUGGCAGGGCCCAGCUCCCUCUCACACGAACUGCCUUAUCUGUGAACUUCUCUCGCCCCGGGAGGUGUGGGCCGGGGGAGCGACUCCAGCAGAGGGUCGGGGACAAAGUGUUUUU